AUGCGGGGAGGAGGAAACGGCGCAGGGGGCCCCCCCCGGCACAGGGUCAAGCUGCCGCCGUCGGGGUGGGGGGCUCCGGACCCUGCCGCAGCCUCUGGCCCGGGCGCGGCCCCGCGGCGCUGCCCAGCCGGGCUGGCUCAGUCCCUGCGGCGCGCCGGGGCUUCACCGCUCCGGCAGCUGCGGCGGGGGCUGGCGCGUCUCCUCCGGACCAUCUGGUUCUGGCUGGCUGCCGUGCUGCAGGGCCAGGGCAGGAGCUCCCGGCUGUGUCUGCUGGCCCCCUUCCCCUCUUUUGUCACAGAGCAGAGUCCUCCCCCCGAGCGCUCCUCGCCCUGCUCCCGUGGGACACGGGCGGCGGGCACGGAGCGAGCCUUUCCCUCCAGGCGCGGGGGGGCACGAGGAAAGAGACUACAAGAAUGGAUCUCUGUCAUCUUAUGCUUCUCUCUGAUCUGCUUCAAUUUUUACAAUCUCCUCUUCUACUUGCGGCUGGAGCACGCGCCCUCAGUUCUCGUUGGGAUUUUUGCAGGAGUUAUUACAGCUGACUUCCUCUCAGGAUUGUUCCACUGGGGAGCAGAUACCUGGGGAUCUGUGGAGCUGCCCAUCGUUGGAAAGGCCUUCAUCAGACCCUUUAGGGAACACCAUAUUGACCCCACAGCAAUCACCAGGCACGAUUUCAUAGAGACCAAUGGAGACAACUGCUUCAUGACACUGGUCCCCUUGGCAAACAUGGCAUACAAAUUUGUUUCUUUUUCCCCAGAGGCUCUGUGUGAGACCUGUCCCUGGGAGUGUUACGUCUUCGCCCUCAUCAUCUUCAUCACCAUGACCAACCAGAUCCACAAGUGGUCCCACACGUACUUUGGCCUCCCUGGCUGGGUGGUGUUCCUGCAGGACUGGCACAUCAUCCUGCCCAGGAAGCACCACAGGAUCCACCACGUGUCCCCCCACGAGACCUACUUCUGCAUCACCACAGGAGUAAAAGUUCCUCGUAAUUUUCGUCUUUUGGAAGAACUUGAAGAAGGUCAGAAGGGAGUAGGGGAUGGAACAGUUAGCUGGGGCCUUGAAGAUGAUGAAGAUAUGACACUUACAAGAUGGACAGGAAUGAUUAUUGGGCCUCCAAGAACAAUUUAUGAAAACAGAAUAUACAGCCUUAAAAUAGAAUGUGGGCCUAAGUAUCCAGAAGCACCUCCAUUUGUAAGAUUUGUAACAAAAAUUAAUAUGAAUGGAGUAAAUAGUUCUAAUGGAGUGGUGGACCCCAGAGCCAUAUCAGUCCUAGCAAAAUGGCAGAAUUCUUAUAGUAUCAAAGUUGUUCUGCAAGAGCUUCGGCGUCUAAUGAUGUCUAAAGAAAAUAUGAAACUUCCUCAGCCCCCUGAAGGACAAUGUUACAGCAAUUAAUUAAA